AUGGCUUUUGCUAUGGGAGGGGGUCACCGACCCGCUGAAGAGGAGCAGCAGCUUCACCAGCUGCUGCUCGCACACCCGCAGGAGGAGGGCCAGCCGCUGCCGCAGCCGCAGCCGCAGCCACAGGGGGAGGUGGAGGAGGAGGAGCCGCCGCCGUGGGAGGACGAUCCACAGCCAUGGGAGGAGGAUCACCAUCAUCAGCCGUGGGAGGAUCGUCAGCAUCAACGGUGGGAGGAGGAUCUUCUUGAUCAGGAAUGGGAGGAGGAUCAUCACCAGCACAACCACCGCCGCCGCAACCAUCAGCGUCUUCAUCACCGACGUGGCAACGGCAGGCCGCUGGGCCCAAACGAUAACCGCGAUGGCGGUAACGACGUUGACGGCGACAACAAUGACGGCGACGGAGCCGUCCACGACGACGAAGCCGUCGACAGCAACAUAGCCAUCAACGAUGACGGAGCUAUCGACCGCGAUGGAGCCAUUGAAGACAAUGGAGCCUUCGACAGCGACGGAGCUAUCGACAACGACGGAGCUAUUGACAACGACGGAGCCAUCAACGAUGACGGAGCUAUCAACAGCGACGGAGCCGUUGACGAGGCCAGUGACGCCGGUGAUCCCCUUGACGACGUUGACGAUGGUGAUAAUGGCGGGGACGAUAGCGAUGAUGACGACGAUGCUGGCAGCGAUGUGCUUGAUGGCAUGGAUACAAACAGCAGUGAUAGCAGCUUCGAUAGCGACGACGACAUUUGGCACCCCGACAACUAG